UAUACUGAAUACAUUCAAAAUCGGUGAGACUCAGAAAAAUUACUUUGAAGUGUCUUUGUGAAUUGAUUAAUUUUACUAAUUUUUUGUAUUGUUCAAUAUCUGGUGAAACUUCUUUAUCUGGAUUUCCUGUAUGAAAUAUAUGCGUACAUCUUGACUUAAGCACACUUAGUUCAGUACAAGAUUAGAAAACUACACUGCUUAAUUGAGAUCUUUUUGCAUACAUUUUACAUAUCUCACACUGUAAUAUAAGUAAGAACAUUAAAUCAGAUUACUGUCAUCUAAAAAAUUUUUAUUUUGAGUAAUAUGAUAAGUAAUAUAAAACAUCAAAGAAAUUUACUCAAUAUAAUCUGCAAGUCUUUUCUAAAAUCAAAUUAAAAAAUAAAAUAUUAAAUUGUUGCAUAUUAUAUACACAGACAUGUUAUUAAACAUUAUUUCUUUUUUUCAUUUUGUUUACUACAUAAUAAGUGUUGUUCCGGCACAAUAUUGGCAUGAUCCAUUUAAAGAAAAAGUCUAUCGUAAAUACUCUAAAUUUUUAGCUGAUAUUAAUCAAGAAAAUCGAAUAAACGAAACGUACCGUGAAAAUAUGAAGAAAAUUCAGCGAUUAGUAUUGGUGAAGUUUACCAACGACACCGUAGUACUUCCCAGCGAAUCAUCAUGGUUCGGAUUCUAUCGACCUGGAUCAUCAUCAGAUAUAAUAAAGCUACGAGAUAGUAUUCUAUACAAUGAAGAUCGUUUAGGACUUAAAGUACUUGACAAAAGAGGUGAUUUACAUCUCAUAGAAAAACGUGGAGAACAUUUAAAGUUUACUAAUAAAUGGUUUAUUGAAAAUAUUGUAAUUCGUUUUAUGAAAUAA